AUGAUAAUUGAUCAAGGUGACAAAGAAGUUCAAAACACAUCAUUGAACAAAUAUGCUUUGGCUUGUGCCCUUGUUGCUUCAAUGGUUUCCAUUGUCUCUGGCUAUGAUACCGGUGUUAUGAGUGGAGCAAUGAUUUUCAUAAAAGAGGAUUUGGGAAUCAGUGACACACAACAAGAAAUUCUAGCAGGAAUCUUAAAUCUUAUUGAUGUUGGCUUCUUUGUCUGUUUCAAUUCCUUUCUGUCAUUGUUAACUGUGAUGCCAACAAGGGUGGUAAUGAUCGUUUGGAAGCUUCUGAAAACAAGGAAGUUCAAGAGGCUGUCUCCAGUUGAAUUGUCGGAUUUUGGCUAUUUUAUUAUUAUGGCUUGUGGAAUCACUGUUUUGCAGCAAAUAGAUAUCAGCUUCAUAUAUCAUAUAAUCCGUGGUCAAGCAACAAUCAAACUGUAUGUGAUCUACAACGUCUUAGAGCCUAUCAGGUCAUCAACAGGUGGUUUUGGCCAGCAGGCUUACCGUCCACCUAGAGGAUCUGGUGGUCCACCUCAAUGGGGUCAGCGAAGCUCACAUUAUGGCCAUCAGCAAUCAUAUGACUAUCAACACCGCGGGCCAUAUCCUUCUCACAAUCAAUCAUAUGCUCCUACUCCUUAUGGAAAUUAUCCUCAACAUAUGGCUCCAAGGAGCAGCUAUGGUUCUGGUUGGGAGCAAAGGCCUCACCAGAGUAUACAGGGGCCACCCUCACAUAAUGGUGGUUAUGAUUAUUAUGGCGGACAAGGGGGUCAUUCAUCUGAGGCUCCAUCAUCUGCCCAACAUCCCAGUUCAGUUCCCCAACAUGGUACCGGACCUUCUCCUUUACCCUCCAUGGGCCCAUCCCCAGCACAGAUGAAUUACAAUUAUGGACAGCCUCAGGGCCAGGAUUAUGGACAUCAGACACCUUAUCAGCAGGCAGGACAUCCUCAACAAGGUUAUGGACAAGCUACAAGUGCCCUUGAUGCCGAGUGUGCAUGUAUUGAUACUAACUUGUGCAUUUGUAUGUUCUUUUUAAACCUUGGUGAUUUCCUUGUGCAGAAACUAGGGGAAGGUGUGAAAGGGGUGUAUAUCUCGAUAGACGUGGAUUGUCUUGAUCCUGCAUUUGCUCCGGGAGUGUCUCAUAUUGAACCGGGAGGUCUUUCUUUCCGCGAUGUUCUUAACAUCCUACACAAUCUUCAAGGUGAUGUUGUUGCUGGAGACGUCAUUGAACUCAACCCACAACGCGAUACUGUUGAUGGAAUGACUGCUAUGGUAGCUGCUAAGUUGGUCAGAGAAAUGGCUGCAAAGAUUGCAAAAUGA